CGACUAGCCCCGAUGUUUGCCGAUCAAAACCGAGCGCCCCGCUUGCGAAAUACCACCAAAAACAAUUUUUACACCACCACAAUUAUGUAAUUAGUCAAAAUAAAAUAUUUUUUACAAUUUUACCAAGUUAGUUAGGUGUAAAAAUAUUCAAAAUCAAAGUUUCGCCAUGUAAAUCUAUUUUUGUGUUCAAAAACGUGAUGAGAGGAAUAUUGAUUUUUUAGUGACUGACGUUGUAUGCGGAACCUGUGUUUAGUGUUGUUUUAGUGUUUCUUUUAAGAUAUAAUGACCGUCCAAGCAGGAUUGAGAGUCCACCAAGAGUCGACAUGACGCUGUAAACAUGGAAGGGGGCACCACGGCCACGGAGGCCUAUCAGUAUGUGGGGCCUUUUCGCCUCGAAAAGACCCUGGGCAAGGGGCAAACUGGCCUCGUUAAGCUGGGUGUACAUUGUGUAACUGGUAAAAAGGUGGCAAUCAAAAUUAUCAACAGAGAAAAACUUAGCGAAUCUGUGCUUAUGAAGGUGGAACGCGAAAUAGCCAUAAUGAAAUUAAUUGAGCAUCCACACGUAUUGGGGUUAUCUGAUGUUUACGAAAAUAAGAAAUAUCUGUAUUUAGUUCUAGAACAUGUUAGUGGGGGUGAACUGUUUGAUUAUUUAGUGAAGAAGGGCAGGCUAACCCCAAAAGAAGCGCGAAGAUUUUUCCGACAAAUAAUAUCUGCUUUGGAUUUCUGUCACAGCCAUUCUAUAUGCCACCGAGAUUUGAAACCAGAAAAUCUGCUGUUGGACGAGCGGAAUAACAUUAAAAUUGCUGACUUCGGGAUGGCGUCGCUUCAGCCUGCUGGUUCUCUAUUGGAGACGUCAUGUGGAAGCCCGCAUUAUGCUUGCCCUGAAGUUAUAAGGGGAGAAAAAUAUGACGGCAGACGGGCUGAUGUUUGGUCUUGCGGUGUUAUAUUAUAUGCGCUACUUGUUGGGGCAUUACCGUUUGACGACGAUAACUUGAGACAACUUCUUGAAAAAGUGAAGCGUGGAGUGUUUCAUGUGCCACAUUUUGUGCCUCCUGAUUGCCAGCAGUUAUUACGAGGAAUGAUUGAAGUCAAUCCUGAAAAAAGAAUGACAUUAGCAGAAAUAACAAGACAUCCAUGGGUGACAGCUGGAGGCCGUGGAGAGUUAGAACAAGAGUUGCCGAUGAUGGAGGUGGUUCAGACAAGAGUCUUACCAUCAGCCGAUGCAAUAGAUCCUGAUGUACUACAGGCUAUAUGUAGUCUGGGGUGCUUUAAGCAUAGGGAAAAGCUGAUACAGGAUUUAUUAAGUGCACACCACAAUACAGAGAAAGUGAUAUACUUCCUUCUGCUGGAGCGUAAAAGGCGUCGGCCUGCUAGAGACGAUGAGCCCAGGCCACCUGCUUUAGCUGCGCCCACUGAUCCUCCACGGAAACGACUUGAUACCUGUCGGGUGAAUGGCCAAUCAGCACAUUUUGGUCAAAUAAGUGAAGGGUCACCUAUUACCCCAAGGCGAUCUCAAUUCAGGUCUUCCAGUAGACGCGGUGAAGGCAGAAGUUCUCCCCAGCUCUCAGCGAGUCCUCCUGCUGGUCACACUCCGCACCGGGUCUCUUCCCUGGGAGGAACCCCGGCUACUCCUGGUUCACCUUUAGCAUCACCAUCAGUUCGUGAACAUCAUCAUCAAAGAGCGAACUCUACUGGACCUACCAUUAGCUUAAAUAUUAGUGGUGAACCAGGCGAAGCGGUGAUAAUAAUAAACGAAUCCCCAAUGGUCGGGUCCUCAGUGGCCGUUCGACCUCAUAGUCCUUCGCAUUCGCAUAGAGUACGUGAGAGGUCUUCCCUCCCCGGGCCUACGACGCAGUCGCCUGCGCAAACGCUAUUCCCAAAUUUAGGCACUAUAGCAGUUCCAGGUGGGGCAUCUUCAUCGGGCGCGGCGGCUCCUUGGCGAGCGAGAUUAGCCACAAUCAAGAACUCCUUCCUUGGAUCACCUCGGUUUCAUAGGAGGAAAAUGCAGACGUCUUCAGAAGAAGUCCACCUCACACCGGAGAGCUCCCCGGAGCUGACCAAGCGUUCCUGGUUCGGAUCUCUUCUCCUAUCGGCGGAUAAAGAAGAGACGUUCACUGCUCUGGUUAAAGGGAAACCGCUCGCUACCGUCAAGGCUGAUCUAAUACACGCUUUUUUGAGUAUAGCGGAAUUAUCACAUAGUGUGCUAAGUCCGAUGUCAUUCCGCGUGGAAUACAAACGGGGUUCCAACGCACCCGCCAUGUUCCAGAGACAUGUGAGAUUCCAGGUGGAUAUAUCAACAAUAACCAAAGCGCCGGGUGAGAACGGGAAAGAAUAUUUAUAUGCCAUCACUUUUACACUACUCUCUGGUAACAUCCGCCGCUUCCGGCGAGUGUGCGAAGUGGUCCAGGCGGCGGUGUGCCGGGCCCCCGGGGCCUCCAGGGCUCCGGCCCUUCAUCCGCCCUCGCCUAGGGCUUCGAGGCGGAAUAUUCAGCCGCUCAAUGCGAACGAAAUCCCGGAUAGUCCAGAGACUCCGCAAAAUCAAGAAGACAGCGAUUGUUCGGUGUUCGACUCUCACACGCCCGGCAGUCAGACUUCCAUUGAGAGGUUCGACCAGAAUGGCACUCAUACGUUAGGUUCAAACUCGUCUGUCGCGAGUGGAUCCAGUGGAUAUAAGCAGGGCGUGCGUUGUCGGCGUGCUGUAGAGCCGGCGUCAGCUUCGCUUGACCACGAGAUUAUGAGUUGCGGAAGAGACUUGCCCGGUACACAUACAAAGAGGUCAUCAUCCGAGUGUAGGGAGUCCACUUCGUCUCCUCGCCGGGGACUCGAAUCCCGGGACUCGUCUAUAAAAGACGAGCUACGCCGCAACAAUUCACUACGCGAACGUCGCGACGUCACACCCACGUCACUGGCGUGAGGUCAUCAAUUUGUGCGCAGCCGUUUUCGUCGUUUUUGUCGACGUAUUGUUUUGUGCGAUUGGCAUUUUUAAUUUGUUUUAAAAUUUAAUUGGUUAAAAUUGUCGUUGGUUUAGUGUACACAUUUAAAUGAAUUUUAAUGGUAUAAACGUGUAUUUGAUUAUUUACAAAAUUUGACGUUUCCAGGGCUUUACUAUAUACCAAAUAGUCGUUAGCAAGAGGAAAUGUCUAUGUAAAUAAUUUCGCGUUUGAUUUUAUAAUUUUAUUCGUGAUUUACAUACUAUAUAUAUACAUAUGAAUGUUUUCUUUACUUUGCUUAGGAUUUUAAAAAUGUCAAUCGUUUAUUUGUGGCAAGAAAAAAAACCCUGUCGAUAUAAUACUUUUAACCAAAUUAAUUUAAAACUAAUCACGAAGAUUUAUAUCGACAGUUGUGAAGAAACGGACGCUUCUAACUGUACGCUCAUUUUUGACAAUGUCACUGUCAGAUCGACGACUGCCAUCCUUCAGAAUGACAUCUGACAGUUUGACUUUAGGCUAAAUAGCUGUAAGUAGCAAGCUUUAUAUGUUACAAAAUUGAAACCGGCCAUUCACUAACGCUAUCCAGUACUGAUUAUUUAGCUAAGGCCCGACGCCAUGACAUCCAAUUAUUAGUAAAGUUAAUAUUAAUAAU